AUGGCCAGUGCGAAUUAUAUAGAUGGGCUCUCCCUCAGGUCCAGUACAGAGUUGCUGGAAACAAACACUCAAUUGCCACCAACUCCACCGGACUCUAAUGAAAAUAGUUCAGAUGAGUUCAGCUGUUUAUCAAGCCGAGCUAGUUCCAUCUCACUAUCACAGCAGAGAUAUACCCUUCCGCCUCCAACAAAUCCGCCAACGGAAAUUAUCAAGGAGGAUCUGAGAACCCCAGAUAACCAAGUACCCCGAGACCCCCGACUUAUUCGGUUGACUGGAAUUCACCCGUUCAAUGUCGAACCUCCAUUGAGCGCUUUAUAUGACGAAGGAUUUCUCACAUCACCUGAAUUGUUCUACGUCCGGAAUCAUGGAGCUGUACCUCAUGUUGAUGACUUAGCGAUACCCGACUGGGAGUUUUCAGUGGAGGGAUUGGUCAAAAAACCAUUUACUCUCACACUAAGGGACCUCAUCAGAGAUUACGAACAGAUUACUGUACCUAUUACACUUGUCUGCGCCGGCAAUCGUCGUAAAGAACAAAACCAGGUUCGAAAGUCGAAAGGAUUCUCUUGGGGAGCUGCCGGUGUAUCAACGGCUCUAUGGACAGGUGUGCCAAUGUAUGAAUUGAUCAGAAAGGCUAUCCCAAUGAGAGGAGCAAAAUAUGUAUGCAUGGAAGGGGCAGACAAGCUUCCCAAUGGCUAUUAUGGAACCUCCCUAAAACUGAAUUGGGUUUUGGACCCAAACAGAGGAAUCAUGGUAGCCCACAAAAUGAACGGAGAAAUGCUUCGACCCGAUCAUGGCAAACCUUUACGAGCAGUUGUUCCCGGUCAGAUUGGCGGUCGCAGUGUGAAAUGGUUGAAAAGGAUCAUUGUCACAGCCACCCCUAGUGACAAUUGGUACCACAUCUACGAUAACCGAGUUCUCCCAACUAUGAUUAGCCCAGAGCAAAGUGCCAACGAACCGAAAUGGUGGACGGAUGAGAGAUACGCUAUCUAUGAUCUGAGUACGAAUAGUGUUACUGCAUACCCGGAACAUGAAGAGCGGCUAUCGUUAGUGAGUGGACGACAAACAUAUCGUGCAAAGGGUUAUGCAUACGGCGGUGGUGGACGACGCAUCACAAGAGUCGAGGUAACACUCGACAAAGGAAAGUCCUGGACAUUGGCCGAUAUACGAUACCAUGAAGACGAUUAUCGCGACCGUGUCCACGAGAACGAAACAUUAUUUGGGGGUAGACUAGACAUGGAAUGGAGGGAAACAUGUUUUACAUGGUGUUUCUGGGAAGUCGAUUUGAGAAUCGAAGAUCUUGCAAUAUCGAGCGAUAUAAUGGUAAGAGCCAUGGAUGAGAGCAUGAAUGUUCAACCAAGAGAUAUGUAUUGGAGUGUCCUUGGUAUGAUGAAUAAUCCAUGGUAUCGAAUCACUAUCACCAAAGAACACGAUUACCUGCUCUUCGAACAUCCCACACAACCAGCACUUAUGCCAGGAGGAUGGAUGGAGCGAGUAAAGGCUACUGGGAGAGACCUUGCCAACGGAUUUUGGGGUGAGGAAAUGGGCAGCGGAGACGCAUCCGUCGCUCUGAUCGAUGAAAAGAAAGAUAUUAAGAUGACAAAAGAUGGCAUGAAGCGCGAAAUCUCAAUCGAAGAAUUACGCCAACAUAAAAAUGAAAAGGAACCUUGGUUUGUGCUGAACGGCGAAGUCUACGAUGGAACCCCAUUUCUGGAAGGCCACCCUGGAGGUGCCACAAGUAUUACCGGAGCAGCAGGUCAAGAUGCCACCGAUGAAUUCAUGGCCAUCCAUUCCGAAACAGCAAAAGCAAUGAUGCCCACCUACCACAUCGGUACUCUCUCCCCCUCAGCACGCACCUCCCUCCUGAACCCCGAACCCCUCUCCUCCGAACCCCAAUCUCUACGCCCCGUGUUCCUACAACCAAAAACUUGGCAAAAAGCCAUUCUCACUUCCAAGAAAGCCAUCUCAAGCGAUUCACGAAUAUUUUCCUUUACCCUCAAUCAUGCAGAGCAAAUAAUCGGAUUACCAGUGGGUCAACAUGUCAUGAUGCGAUUACGCGAUCCCGUUACCAGGGAAGCGAUUAUAAGAUCCUAUACACCUCUUUCGCUCGGAACCGAUAAGGGAAUUUUAGAUAUCCUAAUCAAGAUAUAUGCGAAAAAUGACAGAGGUCCCGGUGGCAAAAUGACAAUGGCUUUGGAGAGUCUUCCUAUAGGUCACUCGAUAGAUUUCAAAGGCCCAAUUGGUAAAUUCGAGUAUUUAUCAAAGGGUGAAUGUGUUAUUGGGGGAAAGAGGAGGAAGGUACGGAGAUUCGUGAUGAUUUGUGGGGGAAGUGGCGUGACGCCUAUUUUUUCCGUGUUGCGGGCUAUUUUAAAUGAAGGGGAUGAAGUAGAUGAACCGAAAUGUGUGGUGUUGGAUGGGAAUAGAAAGGAGGAGGAUAUUCUCUGUAGAGAGGAAUUAGAUACUUUGGUAAAGGGAAGGGAAGAGAAGUGUAGAUUAGUUUAUGCGUUGAGUCAGCCUACGGAGGAAUGGACGGGACUAAGGGGUAGAUUGGGAAGAGACAUGUUGGAGAAGAAAGUAGGGAGAUUUGAGAUUGCUGGUCAAGGAAGUGGAUAUGGGGGCGGGUAUGCGGAUGGGGAACAGCUGGUUUUGAUCUGUGGACCGGAGGCUUUGGAGAAGAGUGUUCAUGUUAUAUUGUCUGAUUUGGAGUGGAGGGAUCAAGAUUUAUUGUUCUUUUAG